UGGAAGAAUGGGUUUCCAUUAUAGAAUGUUUUAAUAUGGGUUCUUGUGGCGUUAGUAAAGCUAAGGGGCUUCUACAGAGAGGAGACCAGAAUCUUCUCCAAUAAUAACCUGUGUAACCUGUGGAAAUCAUGAGAUUUCUGAGCAUUAUGGGAAAUUCGUUUGGGUGCUCUGCUUCUGGGGAGCGCCUGGUUUCUGCUGCGAGAGAUGGGGAUCUUCAGGAAGCCAAGGCCUUAUUGGAAUAUAAUCCGCGCUUGGCGAGGUACUCGACUUUCGGUGUUCGGAAUUCUCCCCUCCAUUACUCUGCAGCUCAAGGCCACCAUGAGAUUGUCUCUCUCUUGCUUGAAUCCGGAGUCGAUAUUAAUCUUAGGAAUUACCGUGGGCAGACUGCUUUGAUUCAAGCUUGUCAACAUGGUCACUGGGAGGUUGUUCAGGCUCUGAUAAUUUUCAAAGCCAAUAUUCGCAGAGCAGACUAUCUGAAUGGGGGUACGGCACUCCAUUUUGCUGCCUUAAAUGGGCAUUCCCGUUGCAUUAGGCUCCUCCUUGGGGAUUACAUUCCCAGCAUUCCUGAUGUUUGGAAUAUCCUUAGGAAAAGUUCCACUAAACACCAAUCCACAGAAGAAUUUGAUGAAGGUGCCCUUCAUAAAUUAAUUAAUAAACGUGCUGAUGGAGGUAUCACUGCCCUCCAUAUGGCAGCGCUAAAUGGACAUGUGGAGACUGUGCAAUUACUCUUAGACUUAGGUGCUUGCGUUGCGGAAGUUACUGUGGAAGAUGGUACAACAAUUGAUCUGAUUGGGGCCGGAAGCACACCACUUCAUUAUGCUGCAUGUGGUGGAAAUCUGCAAUGUUGCAAAGUUUUGAUUUCCAGGGGUGCCAGCCUAACUGCUGAAAAUGCAAAUGGAUGGACCCCCUUGAUGGUUGCUCGUUCGUGGCAUAGAGACUGGCUUGAGGGAAUUUUAAAUGAAUGUCCACAGGGCCAGCCCCGAAUUCUUCCUUCUCCAUACCUCUCUCUUCCCCUUAUGAGCAUUGUCAGAAUUGCAAGAGAAUUUGGAUGGAGGGUCAAUAAUUCAGUAAUCCCAUGUGUUGAUCCAUGUGCUGUUUGUUUGGAGAGGAAAUGUACGGUAGCUACAGAAGGUUGUGGCCAUGAGUUCUGCACUCGCUGUGCUUUGUAUCUCUGUUCCACCAACAGCACCUCAAUAGCCACAAAUGGGCCUCCAGGCUCCAUUGCAUGUCCUCUCUGCCGGCACGGCAUAGUUUCUUUUGUGAAGCUUCCAGGCUGUCCAAGAAUCAAAGAAAUAGCUAGUAGGACAACAAGCAUGUCUUUGAACUUUUGUGCCUGCUCAUCUGAAGAACAAGAACCCACUUCAAUAUCAACCCCCUUGUGCAAGUCAGACUACCAUUGCAUCCGUACUUCGUCUAUUGGGUCUUCCUCCUUCCAGAAACUCAGCUGCCAGAGUUUCCCAUCUGUAAAGCUCAACCCAAGCUUUUGCAUGGGAGCUCCAGACGCUAGUCCUUCCUUAGUUCCAUGUGACAACUUGUGCAAUUGUUCAAGAUCAUCAAGCUUGCGAAGAUCAGCUUCACACAAUGAGAGUAGGUGGUCUUUGUUCUCUGUACUCAAUCAAUGUGUAACCACUGGUGGUGGGUGUUAAUUUUUUUUUUUUUUUGCUGCAAUGUUUUACUUUCAUUAUUAAUUGUA